AUGGCGUUUUGGGUGGUAGGAGGGGAGGCCAGGCCACUGUCCCGGGGCGAGGACAACGCCCUCUGCCCCGACCUCUACGUUAUGGGUGGCAAACGACGGGUCAAUCACCUCGAUGAGUACGACUUCUACGGCUACGACGACCACCACGACCAAUUCCCACCAAAGAGGCCGCGGCUGUCAUAUAUCGCACCGGACACGGACCCCGGCUGUUCUUCUCGGGGGUCAAUCCCCGUGCAAAACCUGUCUUUUCUGGUGAUCCGAGAGCAAACAUCGCCAACACCUCCGACGCCCGAAUCCGCUGAACCCGAUGUCAGCCCAUCACCUAUGGAACGGACCGCUUCCGGCUUAUCGAUAUCAUCCGACACCAGCAUUUACAGAUUGGAAGACGACGGGGACAUGAGACUUUUGGACGACAAUGCGGCUGCUCGAAUGGUCGAGGAUCGUUUGCAACUCAAUCGACGUCGGACCAAAGACACCCAACACGAGAGAAUCCUCAGGUCUUUGAUCAAGCCCCGGUCUCGGGAGGCCGAAUUCUCCAUCGACAACGCGGCUUUGGAGAGCAUCUUCUCUGCCGCCAACGAAAUAUUCUUUCACAACUGUCUUUCUCAGCGCGUGACGUGGGACUGGUCUCAUGCAUCCAGCGCCCAGUACAAUGAUCACAUCAUCGGCACCACAGCUCUUCGACGCUCUAAGAUGGGCGGUUAUGAGACGCUCAUUGUUCUGUCGAAUCCAAUCUUGAAGGACAAGAAGUACAAUCGACGGCUUCUCAUUUCGACCUUUUUACACGAGCUUAUUCACAGCUAUCUCUUCAUCAAAUGCGGGAUCAAGGCUCGACACUGCGGCGGACACACAGCGGGGUUCCGAAGGAUUGCUGAACUCAUUGACCUCUGGGCAGGCUCGGACAACCUGCACCUCCGCGAUAUGGAAGCUGAUUUGAACCACUUCCGUGAGGACGACAGUCAGCUUUUGGGGGAUCGUUGUGCUUUUGCAGAUGCGUCAUCUCGGGCCAUUUUCCCCAGCGUCCAAGAGUACCUCAUCCCUCAUCACCACAUACACUACGAUCACCGCCCCUACGACUAUGACCGAUCACAGCUUCACCCCCAGGAUCGAUGGGAUUAUUACAUCAAUGACCACCGGGAGUGCUUCCCUGUCAGCAGGGGUAGCAGUCCCACCUCAACCGUUCCCACGACAAGUACUGAGGGGGAUUUCGAUGGAGUGGAGCCUUUGGAGGAAGGCGAGAUUCGCGAGCUACGUGGUCGUCGCCUCUUCCUUUCCGACGGCUAUGCCUCCAGCAGACAUUCCUCUACUCACAAUGAACGACAUUAUGACUCAAACGACGGGCGAUGGACCCGUACCGAUGAUCGACGGGAGGCUGUCAUCGUGAACUACGGCGGCAGCCCGAGCUCCAUCAUCACCAUACGUUAG